CAUUGACUAUUUUUAACCUAAAAAUCAAUUUUAUACAUCAUUGUUUCCGUUUAUAUAACGCGUGAAUAUAUCCUCUAUUGUAUUCUACAACAAAAACAAUCAGAGCGCCUCGCUAUCACUAGUUUUAUUUUGAUCUCCCGGGUCCGCUAUUAGCUUUUAGCCAGUUAGCAUCAGCAAGCGUGGUUGCUGCUAACUGCGCUUACAUUGCUAAUACUCUAUUCUCACACAUUACCACUGCUGUACUCACUGUUACUUGCUUUAAUGGCGGAUGAAUGUCUCCACUCUGUGCAGCUCGAGCUCGAGGCCGUGGGGAAGCAGAUUCGCGACCUGGAACAGAGGCAGGCCCAGCUGAGAGAGCGGAGAGCCGCGCUGGAAUCAUCCCGGGCUGACGCUCACAAGUCCGGGGUAAGUAUACAGCGUGCUGUUAACAGUCCCACCACGUCUACUCCGUGUGUUUCUCUGCACAGGCCCGGUGCACCCAGGACGCGAUCUUCCCAGAUGUCCUUCACUGCGACGCCGGGACACCACGGACCCUGGGUGCAUCCACAGCGGAGGACACGAGCUGGGUCCCGUGCGACGACUUCUCCCCCUCCUGCCUUCGAGAUCUCCAUCCAGAACCGCUUCGCUCCCCUCCGCGAGACAGGACGCGACGCUGUGAUCAUCGGAGACUCCAUCGUCCGACACGUAAGUGCUACGUUAGCCGAAGGUAAAGUGCACACUCAUUGUUUGCCUGGUGCUCGUGUUCUCGAUGUUUCUGCGCAGAUACCCGCGAUCCUGAAGGACGACGAGAGCCCCAGAGCGGUCGUGCUUCACGCCGGGGUUAACGACACCACACUGCGGCAGACGGAGACGCUGAAGAGGGACUUCAGGAGCCUGAUCGAGACGGUUCGCAGCACGAUGCCCGCAGCUACGAUCAUCAUGUCAGGACCACUGCCCACGUAUCGACGAGGACACGAAAGGUUCAGUAGACUUUUUGCUUUAAAUGAAUGGUUGUUGUCAUGGUGUAAAGAACAGAAACUGCUAUUUGUUAAUAACUGGAAUCUUUUCUGGGAGCGUCCUAGACUGUUUCGCGCUGAUGGAUUACACCCCAGCAGAGUCGGAGCGGAGCUGCUCUCUGACAACAUCUCCAGGACACUUCACUUUGUUCUAACCGCUUAAAUGCUAAAGGAUUUAAACAGGCUCCAGUCUGGAUCCAGAACACCUGAGAAGAGAUGAUGCUGACCCUCAGAGGACCCCAGAUGAUGCUAACCUUGAAUCAACAAACAGAACUAACAAUUAUUGCUAAAUGUGUGACUGAAUCAUAUAAUAACUUAAUUAAUAAUAUUGAUAGUUCAUCGUCUAGCUGACUAGGUCUUGUAUUAUUAUUAUUAUUUAUUUUAUUUUUUUCUAAAAUCCUUUCAAAUGUGCACAAACUACUAGCUACUACUAAAUAUUGUAGAAACAUAAUUUUCUGUAAAGUUGCUUUGUAACGAUUUAUUUUGUAAAAAGCGCUAUACAAAUAAACUUGAAUUGAAUUGAAUUUGGCAACAAAUUGUGGCAAGUGCCAAGUUCUAAAGAUCAUUUUCAUAAGUGAUGAUAGUUCAUAUCAGUCGCCCUUAACACUCACUAAAUUCACACUCUGCUCCAGAGCAGUAUCCAAUCAUGCAUCAUAUUCUGGAAAUAAAUUGUGAGACUUUUUUGCUAAUAAAGUGUACGAGUAAAACAUAGUGUUGCACAUUUAUUGGUGCAAAGAUGAGUAUGUUUUUUU